UAAAAAAAAAAUAAAAAUAUUGGAAAAAAAAAAAAAUUGCCUUUGUUUUCUUGCCCUAAUUUACUUAAUCUUCUUAUCUCUCUUGGCCGCCAUACAUCUCCCAUCUUCAAACCCUAAGACAUUUCUCUCUCUCUAUUUCUCUCUAUAGAGAUAUAUAUACAUAUAUUGAUAUGUAUGUAUAAAGGAAUACAUAAUUUCGAAAAGAAAAAUUAUACGUUUCCACGCUCUUAUACUUAUUAGCUUCCGAUCAUUGAUUCAGAAUUCAAAGAAGUUUGGAUCUUUAAUUGAUUGGAGGGUCUGUUGGAGUUGGAGGGUUGUCCAAUAGAUCGGAUUUAGGUUCUGGUAAAUCUCAAGGAUCUCUGAGGAUUAUGUUCUUUGAGAGAAAUUUUGUGUAGAUUUUGAUUGAAACAGUUCAAAAAAAGGUUCUGGUUUUUUUUUGUUUUUCCAAGAGAUGUCGCUUUUGCCUAAAAGCGAAUCGGUUCAAAUUCGGGAGGUAUGGAAUGAUAAUCUUGAAGAAGAGUUUGCAUUGAUCCGAGAAAUUGUGGAUGACUAUCCUUAUGUAGCUAUGGAUACCGAGUUUCCUGGUGUUGUUCUUAGGCCCGUGGGAAAUUUCAAGAGCAAUACUGAUUUUCAUUAUCAAACUUUAAAGGACAAUGUAGACUUACUGAAGUUAAUCCAAUUAGGCCUCACAUUUUCGGAUGAGAAGGGAAAUCUGCCUAAAUGUGGAGUGGAUAAUAAGUAUUGCACCUGGCAGUUCAAUUUCAGGGAGUUUAACCCGAAUGAAGAUGUUUUUGCGAAUGAUUCCAUUGAAUUGUUGAGGCAGAGUGGGUUUGAUUUUGCGAAGAAUAACGAAAAGGGUAUUGAUGCAAAGCAUUUCGGGGAGCUAUUGAUGUCAUCCGGGAUUGUUUUGAAUGAUAAUGUGUAUUGGGUUACAUUUCAUAGUGGAUAUGAUUUCGGGUAUUUGCUUAAGCUCCUCACAUGCCAGAACCUGCCGGACACGCAGGCAGAGUUUUUUACAUUGAUUAAUAUCUACUUUCCGGUAAUAUAUGAUAUCAAGCAUUUGAUGAAGUUCUGCAACAGCCUCCAUGGUGGAUUAAACAAGCUGGCAGAGCUCUUGGAAGUUGAGAGGGUUGGUGUCUGCCACCAAGCCGGUUCAGAUAGCUUGCUCACAGCUUGUACAUUCAGGAAGUUGAAAGAGAACUUCUUUAGUGGCUCGCUGGAGAAGUAUACUGGUGUCUUGUACGGUCUAGGUGUUGAGAAUGGACAGAAUGUUCACUGAAAAAAAAUAAAAAUGUGUGAAAACAAAGAAUUGAUAGUAGAUGUUUAUUGUACUCCAUGUACUUCUUUGUAAACUUUCCAGAUAAAGAUGUUUGAUUGAUGAAAUUAUCUGUUCGUUUCCGUA